CGCUAACUAAACUUCCAUUAAUCCUCCUCUCCCUUUCAUUGCCACGCUCUUUGUGGCUCCUGAUCUUAUCUUCACCCACGGGACUCUUAUUAAUGCUGUAUCUCCAUCGUAGCUCCUCCGGGCGUUACGGUAUACCGGUGACCACAGGCCUCCGGCGCAAGUUGAGCAACUUGUGCGCGAUGAGGACAAUUUGAGAACCCAGGCAUAAUUUUCCACAGGCGGCAUCCGAUUUCUCUUUGAAGCCGUUUGGAAUUUUGACGAGCUACAAGGUCUUUAAUCUCCCUCCAGACCUACAUUUCAAGAAAAGGGGAAGAAACUCUUACGCGUAGAACCCAAAACGCCUUUCCAGUACACUUCAUCGAGCAAUGCGCAAGAUAUGCAGACGCAACUAUUUUCGUAGCUGCAGCUGUUGCGAAGGAGAUUUGUGCUUUCUGAUUUCUAAGCGCAGAAAUGCAAAUGUUGCGAGCAUUCGAAAUGCAUCACAUCUUCAUCCGAGUGUUAUUGGAUUUGUCUCAUUGCUAGACACAUGUGGCUUGCUUUGCAUCACCGAUACGGGGUUUGGGAGGCACCACCACCUUCCAAACCACGAAAUCUCGCAGCUUUUUCUACGUGUCCCACGUAGAGGGCCAGUACAGUAGAGCGUUAAUGGAGCGUCUCGGAGUCAGGCCAUCUACGAUCGAAUGGCAGGCAGACUUGGUAAACGGCCGGGCUUGUCGACCGUUCCUCGUCCUCCAGGUGUCCACUUUCGUCCACAUCGUCGACAUUCUCCUUUGCUCGUAUCAUGUAGCCAAUGCCCGCUGAUUUCAUUUAUUAGCCCAAGGCUUGGCUUGGCGAACUUGCGGUCAUGCUGCUGCCGCCGUCGUUGCUGCUCUCAGUCACCGGGAAGACUUUGGAUGCCAGUGGUCUCAGGGGUCUGCUGUUCUCUUCAGUUGACCGCAAAGACCUUUUCUCGACCUUUUUGUCUUUUCGACUCUCCCCAAUUUCCAACGCCCAGCAGCGGUCCGGAAAUGCUCGGACGACAUUGGCAUCUGCUUUCUGCGGCUUUCGAGAGCCGAAUGAUGGUUUCCUGCAAAGAAAUGAACGAGAGCGAGCGAGGUUUUGGAUUCAUGCCCUCGACCAAAUUCAUGUGUCAGUUCGAGGGGUCCGGCAUCUUUUGCGUGGACCAUGGAAUCAUUCUCCUCAUCAAUCUCCGUUUGGAAGUGCAUGAAGCAAGGAUGCUGCAAACGAGACGGGGCCAUCGAUCUUCCCGUGCAAGGGAAGAGAGGAACAAACACCCCCGAAAGUUAGAAGAAGACAUUUCCAUUAAAGCAUCAUCACGUCUUCUGGGGCAUGGAUCAUAGACCCUUGCCAUAUCCUCAUAUUCCUCAUAUUCUCGUAAUUGAUAUCCGUGAGAGUUUCGCACCGAUCCAUGAAGGUACUCAAUGGAGCUGCCUGAGAAGAUGUGGGGAAGUGUGAAGCCUGGCGUGAGCAGUGAUCAUUGCCGAGGGCCAAGAUGGGCAAAGGGAACUCGUUUUCAUUGGCAUUUCGUGGCAGACUGCGGAGUGUAGGAGUUGCAUGAGACAGAUGUUGAGCGCGAAAGGGCGACGGUGCUGAUUCUGACCUCGAGAGCGUCAACGAAACGGUGUGGGCAAAGCGAGAAGUGAAAAGUGCUCUCGUUGGCAAUGAAUAAUGGUGCCGGAAUGAUUUCCUCGUCCCACCAGCCAGACGCUGCUCGUCUGUCGAAGCGUUGCUUUUUCAACGUCACGGAAUUUGGUUUCCACAUGUGUCAUUCCCCAGCUUGCUCUAUCCUUGUGGCGGUCUGUCUGCGGUUCCAGACUUUGUCCUUGUGGUACCACAUUUCCGCCAUCUGCUCCAAAAGACGAGAGAUAUGUUUAUAUGGAGGGCAACGUAAUGAUAUCCAGCGGAAAGGAUCCAGUACCACCUUUCCGCCAUGUACUCCACCAGAGUAGUGGUAUGUGGGGGAACCUCGUAGCAAGAACGUUCAAAGCGUGUAUGCCACUUUAUUGGUGCUGUAAUCUCCUCUGUUUUCAGUCCAGGAAUUUGGUUAAAUGCAAGACAAUGACUUUGGCACUAUAUGGUUGAUACUUUUCGUUUUAUACGCAUGGAACCAAACAUGUAAAGGUAAAAAUAUGUCUUCAUGCUCUCGAG